UUAAGCGCGAACUGAUAUUUACUGUUUGGAAUAAUUCGAUAAGCAAUUGGUAAGGCUAUUUUUUACACUGCUGUACGGUUAAAUGUUUCGUCGUUUCGACAAACAGAUUUAACUUAUAAAUUUUUCGAUUAAUUCUAUAUCAUGUCAGAAGCGCGAUCUGAUGAAGACAAAUCUUUUCGUGGUAGUUUCUUGGUUGCUGCAGAUGAUGAGCGUGGAAGUUCAACCUCAGGCGAUGCUGUUUCUAAUUCCAGUACUAGUGAUAGUAGAUUAUCUCGACUGCUGAAGACGUCGCUUGAUAAAACAAUUUCAAAGUGCAUGCAAUCAUUUAAAUUUCAACUGUUGUGCCAGAACUUCAACCCUAUUUGGAAACAGUAUCCAGAGGAUUUGAAGGACAUUCACAUCCAGUUAGUUCGACAGCUGCAGGAGAACAUUCAGCUAGAAGUAGACCAAAUGUAUCAAGAAGAGAAGAUUAUAGAGUUUUUAAAUACGUUGGAGGAAUUGAAAUGCCAGCAGGCCCAUCUUGCUAACCACCAUGCAUGGAGACCUACUGGGGUUCCAGAUAAGGAUAUUGUAGACCAUUAUUAUCCUAUCAAAACUGUACAUCGAACCGAACUCUUGAAUUUAGUAAAACAGUUAGAGGAAGAAAACGACAAGCUAGAAAAACAGGUUCAGGUUGGACGUCAGGCAAUUACUAAUCUUGAAAAAGAAGCAAAAGUGAAGUACAAUCAGUAUGAGGAGCUUGCAAAAGUCUGUAGUGGUCUGUCCUUGGAGAAACUUGAGAAUGAUCUGCACACAUUUGUUGAUUUUGAAGGAUGAAUAUUGCUAAGUUAUGAUCUGAAAUGUGGUGAGUUCUGUAAAACAGAAGAUUUUCACCAUCAAUCUCACAGGAAAGAGUACUGGUGUCCUAUUGUCCAGUUAAAGCAAAAUGCAGACAAAAGAUCUCAGUUUUAUUGAAAAUUAUAUGACGGUGAAAAGAAUUAACCUUUUCGCUGCUGACCAACUUUGUAAGCCCUGUGAGGAGAGGAUAUGUGUAAAGUGGAUUACUGUAUAAUGGAUCAGUUGAACAAUACAUUUCAAACUUAAGGUUCUUAAUAAUACCCAUAAGAAAUGUCAAUUUUCCUUUUUUUGGUUCUCUCAUAUUAAUCACGCUGAUAAAUUGUCUCACUCACCAAGAAGUAAUUGAUAAGUUCUCAUUUACUAAGAGGUUGAAAUAGUCAUCUUGAAUACAAGCUGUACCAUCAAAAGCACCACUGUUUAAUGAUGUCAAUGUCAAGUUUACCAUAGUCCAACAUCGACAUAAAAGAUCUUGAGGUUUAUUGUUUUCAGUGUUCUCAUCUCCUUGAUCUACGUUAAAUUCCACAUGUUAUGAAUCUUCUGCUUCUUCUUUUUCUUCAGCAUGAUCAACAUCACCACUUUCUUCAUUCUCAUCUUUGAAAGAAAACUCUUCAUCAUCAUUCAAAUUUUCUUUAAUGAUACUCUCUCUAGUUACUUAAUUUAUAAUCUAAAGAAAUGUUAAAUUAUCAUUUCAAUAAAUAAGCAUUUGUCUUCUGUAUGAUAAUAUGAAUUCGAGAACUAGAACUGUUCACAAAAUUCCAUGAAUCUAUUAUGGGCUCAUGUACUUUUCUGCUCCUUUAUUAAUUAUUUGCUCUAUAUAUUAUAAUUUUUUUCUUUCAACAUGGGUAUUGUUCUUACAAUAAUGGAUAUAUUGUGCAUGUCAGUAUAUAUGUGAAAGUGUGUGUAACGAAACACUUGCGCCACCUAUUGAUUUACAUGACAAACAAAAAAUAUUAAAAAAAAUUUGCACUUGGGUAUUCAAGAUUCAGACAAUUAGAAAUAUAACC